UAAUGCGAUUGACGGAUUCAUGUAUUCACGUACUCAACAUAUAAUCAUCCUGGCCAUCCAACUGUGGCGCGUCCAUUUGAAUGCACUGUCCAUCCAGCCCACUGAAGCAUGCAAUCCGCACCCACACACACACUAUCACAACAGCACCGCCCAAAUGACACUGGGGAAGGCCCGGCCCAAACGGCUGGCGCCACAGCCAAAUCGCAGCCUACGCAUUCAGCACAUCCUUGACCACACCACGGACGAGUGCCACUGUGCGUGGGUAAAGCGCUGCGCCCCUCUUGCCGCGAGCGGAUCGCUCCGUUGUGAAGACAGAAAAGCACGUGCUGCCGUACACCGUCAAGUAGACAGCGAAGUCGUCGAUGGACUUGUCUCCACACAGAAUCACAAUCGUCUUCUUCCUUUCCUCGAUCUCGGCCGCCUUGUGAUAGCCUCGCCAGGUGGGGCUCGGCGGCGCGCCCACCUCCGCAGCCAGCUGCUCCUCGGCACCUCUCGUCAUGAGGACGUCCCCAUCCAGCAGGUUGAUCAUGACGCGCCCGUCGUGCCGGUCACGGUAAGCUGAGUGGACUAUGAGGUCGGUGAACGAUGAGUACGCUCUGUUUCCAGCUGCAGGCAGACAGGCAGACAGACAGGCAGGCACACAGACCAACACGUCGAAGACCAGGAAGAUCACAUCGCCUUUAUGUGCUGACUGGCUUACAUUUGGUGGGCGGGUCACAUGCGGCAGAAGGCACCACACCGGGCGUGUGGUAUGUCAUAGGCUGUGAGCUCGACCCCAGGCAGUCUUGAUUGUCAUCACGGCCCACUCGGAAGGUGGAGAUCAACCGACGGCUGAAGAGUGAGUACUGCCGCACCGCUCCCGGCCGCGCGUCAAACACGGCCCGGCUGCCCACCGCCUUCAAGUCAUCGGCAGUAACGGCGAUUGGCAGAGACGCCAUCAUCCCGCAGUUCUUCAUGAAGUGGAUGAGCGGCACGAUGGGCUCCCAGCAGCCUCCCUCCUCGAUGACGUACAGCAGCCGCAUAAGGUACUCGAUGUGGCUCAUCCCCUUGUCAAGCCCGAUUGCCAGCCGCAGGCCACCCCACACGAGGCGAGCGACCCACACGAAGGCGUCCUCAAAAUACAUCAUCUUCUCCAUCACCGUGUCCACAUCUCGCCGUGCCCACUCCGUAAUGAAUACCCGCCAAUGAAGGAUCAUGCCCACAGGAAGCCCGACAAAAAACGGAACAACCCACUUGGACGUGGCAGUGACCAGCCAGUGAUCCGCUACGAAGAUGGCAAGGAUAUUUCGUACCAGCCACUGCAUCGGCAACAGAAUGACAGCUAUCAGGAUGCCGACAACGAUGAAGAAGCCAAUGAUCAUCGCAGCGAGGGUGCCGAGAUGGCCGAUGGCAGUUGAAAGGGCGCUGCAGGCGGCCUUGACAGAGUGCCGGAGGAACGCCUGAGCCGUCUUGUGUCGCUUGCGGUAAGACAGCACGGAGUCCAGGCCGUUGGUGCGGAUGGCGGCGUCGAGGCGGCCCGUGAGGAAGUCCUCACUGACGAGAUGCCAGCCGACGCUUCUGGACGUGGCGCGGAGGGCGCCGAAGCUGUCGGCUUUGAGAUACCUCAGCAGCUGGAGGGAAACAUCGUCAGGAAGGCCAAGCAGAUAGCUCCGGUCGCCCAUUGCUCGACAAGGAAACACCCAGUGGAGGCCUUUGCUCUAUAAUCCGUCCGAAGCCAUCCC